AUGAUAGGUUCACCUAGAAAAUCUCAUAAUGGGAAUUCCCAAUUAGAAUUGAACCCUUAUAAGUUUGUCCCAUUAAAUUUAAAUGUUAUGAAUGAGAUUAAUUCACCCCUUCCACUGGGGAUAUAUAAAGGAAAUAAUGAGAUAAGAUCCUCUGGACAAAUUGAGGAAUUAAAACCCAAAACCUUAAAUAUGGAGAUUUUACCGACAUAUUUAUUAUUAAAUUCAGAUAAGACGGGAAUAUCUUCACCAGAAAUAACUCAUCAAGUUAAAAGUGAUGAUAAGCAGGACAAAGUUAGCCAAAAAAAUAGUAUACCUUUAUUAGAAAAAGUGGAUCUAGAAGUGAUAUUAGAUAAAGGUAAUGAUUUAAUGUAUAUUCCAUAUAGUUAUAGUCAUAUGAAUCAGUAUAAUAUAGAUUUGAAUACUAGUAAACUUGCAUCAAAUAAAUAUGAUAUGAAUAUUCAAGAUGUUUUGAGACAAGCAACAGGAGCAACAACAGUAGAAUUUGCAUUAAACUGUAGAGCAAUGGGAAUUGGAUUAUAUAAAGCUACUGCUGGAGAAAUAACUCAGAUAUCAAUAAAUUCAUUUACUAAGAAUUGCAAAAAGAAUUCUUUUUGGUGGACAUUUAUUCAAAAAUUAGAGGAUAGUAGUGAAUCUUUCUAUGGGAAUAUUAUAGAUAAUAAGGAUGGGUCAUAUAUAACAUCAUUUAUAUGUAAGAAAGCUGUUCCACAUAGAAUUGAUAUAUUAGCAAGAAAUGGGAAAGACCCAAUAGGAGGUUCACCUUAUAUAGUUGAAGUGUCACCAGGUGAAACAUGUGCGGAGACAAGUUGGGCUAGUGGAGAAGGGCUUGAAUAUUAUUCAACAGAUGGAACACUUAAUUUAUUUGAGAUACAUGCUGUGGAUAGAAUGGGGAACCCUGUUAAACAUGGUGGUGAUAAAUUUGAUAUUAAAGGAAUAGGUGGAAUAAAGAUCCAACAAAUAAUUGAUCUUAGAAAUGGUACUUAUAAAGUAUAUUAUUCUGUUCCUAUAUGCAAUUUAGAGGAUUUUAAGGAAAUAAGAGUAAAGCUAAAUGGUAGAGAUAUCAAAACUCCAAUAUUUCACCCAAAAAAAAAAGUAGAGGAAAGCUCUGAGAUAGAUGAUAUUAAAGAAGAUAAAUGCAAAAAAUCUUAUCUUUUUUCAUUAUUACCAUUUGAUCAUCGUUCAAUAGAUGUCAAACCAACAUAUACGCUCGCUUUGUUGUUAAAACGUUUAGCUGAAAUGAAAAAAACUGGGAUUGAUUUUAAAACAAAUAUACCAAAUUUAAUGCCAUUUCCACCAUAUUAUAAUGUGAAUGAAUUAAAAAAUAUAUUGAAUAGAUUAGAUUAUGGAAAUAUUGAUGAUAGUAUAAUAAUUAAUGAUACACUUUUGAAAAGUGAAUUAGAGAAUUACAAAUACAAUACUUUAAAGAAUGCAGCAAUGAAAUUAACAUAUCAUCAAGAAAUACUUGAUGAAUUAUCAGAAUCCUUAAGAUUACAUUGUAGUUCAGGUAAGGAUUAUUAUGAAAAAUUAAAAGUUGAUGAGUUGAAACUUGAAGCAGAAUUAAAAGAGAUAACUGAUUAUCAACAAAAGAUGUUUGCAACAUAUUCAUGUCUACAACAAGGUGGUAUUGAUAGUUUGCCAGUGUCAUUUGAAAUUGAAGAUCCAGAGCAAAUAAGAUUACGUCAAAAAAAAGAUAGAGUGUUUUAUAAAAGAAUUCACAAUACUCUAAGUGAAAAGUUUAAUCAAAUUAAAAGUAGAACUUGUGUAUUUGAACAGGAGAGGCAGGAAUAUACAAAAUCUUUGCAUGAUACUCUUGUAAAUAGACAAAAAUCUAUAAAAUCAGCUCAAAAGAGCUACUAUAAAAUAUUAAAUGAAUUGGAAAAAAAAUAUUUACAACUUGUAAAAAAGCAAAUUAGAAGGCAAGAUUUAUAUAAAAAUCUUCGAAGUGAGUCUUUACAUGUUUAUGAAGGUCUUGAAAGUAAAAAAUCUAUUGAUAAGAAUCUCAAGAAUAGUAAAAUUUAUUUAUCAAAUAGCCAAGAAAGGGAACAAUCAACUAAAAGUGAUAGUGAUCAAUCAUUCAAUCAAUCAUCAAAUAUAGAGGGUAGAUUUUGCAUAAAAAGAAGGUAUAGUAAUUAUUCAUGCUUAAUACCAUCAGAUCCAUCUUCACCAGCAUUUUGGUUUGCAGAAGGAUCUUAUUUAAAUAAAACAAAAGAUAAUAAUAGAGAAGAAAAACCUAAUUUAAUUGAUGAAAAUAGCUGGAUCAGCUGUCCUUCAAGCGUUUCAGUGACAUACUCUACUUUAGUGCCACCAACACAAAGUACUAAUAUAAAGAAUAAGACAAAGUUAACCAAAUUAAAUACUUUUAAUAAUAAUAAAUUAUGUAGUACAUCAUUAUCACCAUCAUCACCACCACCUCGAGAUCCAAUGUUACCAUCUGAAUGGCUUAAUCAAGUUGAAGAGAGUCCAUGGGUUAAAUAUCCACCUAAUCCAUCAUCAAUCUCCAUUAAAGGUUUUGGUGAUAUUAAAACUCAUCAGCCUUCAAAUAAUAAUAUUGAUUAUAAUGAUGAUCUUGAAGACAAUCCAAAACUUUUAUCGAAUUUAAUGUGGGAUAAAGAUUUUAUAGUCAAUCUACACAGUAAUGCAAAGACCAAUGAGGAUUUCAAAGUAAUUAGUGAUACAUGGGAUAAAUAUCUUGAUAAUAACAGAAAAUAUCGUGAUAAAGUAUUUAUAAGUAAAAUGAAGCAAUUAGAAGAUAUUCCACCAAGACCUGAAAAAAAAUCUGAAUAUAUGACAAUUGAUAUUCCAGAAAACAUUCAAAAUGAUAAUAUAAAAUGGAAAAAUUUACAUUAUACUAUAGACAGAAAAAAUAAAGAUUGUAUUCCAUGGGAAUUUUUGAAUGAGUUGGCAGAGAUGAAUGAAAUUCCGAAAAACAAAUAUUCUAAUGUUAGUGAUUUACACAAGUUUAUAAUAGAAACAAAGUGUUUAGGUAGCAAAUCAGCUGAUUAUAUUAAAUAA